UCGCGUGAUUUAUGACGAAUCAGAGGAUUCCUCUGAUAUCGAAGGUGAGUUUUAUGAGAGUUCUGAAGAGGAAAAAGAGAAGGGUGGCAUGAAGCCUUGCAGAGUUUUGAGCUUUCAAGACAUCCGUGAACGGCAGGAGAAGGACAUAGAGACUGUUUCAUCCAUUUGCAGUUUAUCUCAAGCUGAGUCAACGAUUCUCCUGCAACAUUUCAAGUGGAACGAUAUGAAAUUGCUGGAUGAAUGGUUUCCGAACGAGCAGAAAGUGCGAAAAGAUUCAGGGCUGUUUCAGUUAAACUGUUCGAUCUGCAUGAAUGACCACUUCAUUACUGAAAUGAAAGCCCUUGCUUGAGCCCAUUAUUUCUGUAACAACUGUUGGAUGAACUACAUUCAGACCUCAACCAGGGAAAAUGGAAUUGGGUGCCUCAGUUUGAGAUGUCCUCAGCCAAGAUGUGGGGCUGCUGUGGACGAAGACACUGUGCUCUGUUUGAUUACAGAGAAACAGAACAGAACAAAAUAUGAGCAAUUUCUUGUUAGAACUUAUGUUGGGAGUGACGAAAGAAUCAAAUGGUGCCCUGCUCGUGGAUGUGAGUAUGCUGUGGAAUUGCAAUAUGGAAUCAGCGAAUGCUAUGAUGUGACCUGCAAAUGCUCCUAUAAUUUUUGCUGGAACUGCUCAAAGGAGAUGCAUCGUCCUGUUGACUGUGAUACUUUUAGAAAAUGGGUUCUCAAGAAUGGAGGCAAUGCAGAACCAGAAAAUUGGAAAAUUGUUAAAGAAAAGCCCUGCCCAAAAUGUGGCCGUGCAAUUGAAAAAAAUCAGGGACGCAUGCAUAUGACAUGUGUGGCUCCAUGCUGCUUUGAAUUUUGCUGGUUAUGCCUUAGGGAUUGGAAUGCCCACACUUUUAAUUCUACUUGCAACAGAUUUCAAGUUAAUUAUGAGGGGACAGAGACAUUUCCUAAUCAGGAAUCUGAAUCGGAGGGAGAGAAAAUACAGAGAAAACAGAGAGAGGCCAUUAUAAAAUCCUCGGACAGAUACAGUCAUUAUUAUGAAAGAUGGGCAGCCCAUGAAAGAUCUAGGGAAAAAACACAGUCAGAUCUGAACCAUUUUCAGAUUCUUCAGAUCAAACAGUUGGCUUGCAUACAACAGUUGGCUGGCAUACCAUGCUUAUUUGACUGGCAUCUUACAUUUGUGACAGAUGCAUGGCUUCAGAUUGUUGAAUGCAGGCGUGCUCUCAAGUGGACAUAUGCUUAUGGUUAUUAUCUUCCUGAAGAUGAAAGUGCCCAUAAGGAUUUAUUUGAGCUCUCCCAAGCUUAUGCUGAGUCUUCUUUGGAAACUCUCCAUCAGUGUAUUGAGGAAGAGUUGCAGGUAUUUAUUGCAAGCGAAAAGCCUCUGGAAGAAUUUACUGAAUUUUGUUUCAGGCUUAUUAACCUCACAAAUUUCAAUGCCAAGUGUUUUCAGAACCUUCUCAAAUUUAUGGAAAAAGCAAAGUGAAAAAGACUGAAAAAGACUAAAAAAGACUACCUGGCCAAGUUAUAGACUUUUCCACACGAUCCCUGCCAGGCUACUUAGAUACCUCUUAUGACUGGUAGAAUAGAGUAGAAUAGAGGGGGGUUUUUCUUUUUGGUAAGGGCGGGUAUAGUUGAAUCAAAGAAGCAUUUUAUCAUUGAGUGUGAAGCAAAUUCUCCAUAUUUGGGUCAAAUAUGGAGAUCUACUAAUCGGUACUUUGCUAUAUUUUAAAUUUGUGAUAAGGUGAUUGUAAUCACUUGUUUUGAUUAUAAUUGAUUCUAAUUAGUUUAAUCCUUACACAAAAAUAUUUUAUUGUUUCUCUACCCUUUAGAGU